UAUUCACCUUGCAGGUUCUGGAUAAGCUAAGCCUACGAUACAAGCAAAAGACCAUUGGGCAUGCGGGUUCCCCAAAUUUUUCAUAAAGAAAUAAAUUUUUUAAAUAAAAAUAGUGGGAUGGAAAGUGCAUCGCAAUUUCCACUAUCAUCUUAGGCCAGACAAUGCAAAUAAACCUUCGGGCUUUCCGCAUGUUUUUUUUCUUGGUCGGAGUUAGUCCUGAUAUCUUGGCAUCGCCAUCAUUUUUUGUCCUCUUGCCCUGACUUGGCAGUCGCUUCUUCAACCUAAUCUUUCAUAUAAUAGUAAUAGAAAUAAUAAAUUAAUGAUAUGAUGUGUCCAUCUUUGUAUAUGAAAGUAACUAUUCCAAGCUUCCAUUUUUCACAAUCUCAAGGAAGCAUCAAAAGGAAAAGAAAAGCUUUGAUGGAGAAAUCUGGCUAUGGAAGAGAUGGGAUUUACAGGUCUUUAAGGCCACCUCUAGUUCUUCCCAAGGAACCAAAUCUUUCCAUGGUUUCAUUUCUAUUCAGAAACGUCUCUUCUUACCCUGACAAACCAGCCCUUAUUGAUGCUGAUUCUGAUGAAACACUUUCUUUCUCUCAGUUCAAAUCCACUGUCAUCAAGCUCUCCCAUGCUUUUCUCAAUCUGGGUAUCAACAAAAAAGACCGAGUCUUGAUCUUUGCACGCAAUUCUAUCCAGUUCCCCCUAUGUUUCUUUGCUGUAACCGCCAUUGGCGCCAUUGCUACGACUGCCAACCCCAUUUAUACUGUCAAUGAACUCUCAAAACAAAUCAAAGAUUCCAAUCCGAAGCUUCUUGUCACUGUCCCUGAACUGCUUGACAAAGUUGAAGAUUUCAAGCUCCCUGUAAUCUUGCUUGGUUCUAAACGGAACCAACAACCAUCUGAUGUAAAAAAUAUCCCAAAUAUCCUAUCUUUUCAUUAUAUUCUCGAUUUAGCAGGGCAUGUAACAGAAUUUCCCGCGGUUUCAGUUAAGCAGACUGAUACAGCAGCGCUUUUAUACUCUUCAGGCACGACAGGGUUCAGUAAGGGUGUUAUUUUGACACAUAGGAAUUUCAUUGCAGCGAGUUUGAUGGUGACCAUGGAUCAGGAACUUGCUGGCGGUAUACACCGGGUUUUCUUGUGUGUUUUGCCAAUGUUUCACGUGUUUGGAUUGGCAAUUAUCGUAUACGCGCAGCUGCAGAAGGGAAAUACUUUGGUGUCAAUGGCAAAUUUUGAUUUAGGGAUGUUUUUGAGGAAUGCGGAGAAGUAUAGAGCAACACAUUUGUUGGUUGUGCCUCCAAUUGUGCUUGCAAUGGCUAAGCAGAGUGUGGUUAAGAAGUUUGAUCUUUCCUCAUUGAGGCAAAUUGGUUCUGGUGCUGCACCUCUGGGGAAGGAGUUGAUGGAGGAGUGCGCAAAGAAUUUCCCUCAGACUGUGGUUAUGCAGGGCUACGGAAUGACAGAAACUUGUGGCAUUGUCUCAUUGGAGAAUCCUACAGUUGGUGCCCCACAUACUGGUUCAACUGGAAUGCUUGCUUCAAGCAUUGAAGCCCAAAUAAUCAGUACAGAGAGUCUAAAGCCUCUUCCUCCUAAUCAAGUAGGGGAAAUAUGGGUUCGAGGGCCUAAUAUGAUGCAAGGUUACUUCAACAAUCCACAAGCAACCAAAUUGACAAUAGAUGGAAAGGGUUGGGUACAUACAGGAGAUCUUGGAUACUUUGAUGAGGAUGGGAAUCUCUAUGUUGUUGACAGAAUUAAGGAGUUGAUCAAGUACAAAGGUUUCCAGGUUGCACCAGCAGAGCUUGAAGGACUACUUCUAUCUCACCCUGAAAUAUUGGAUGCUGUUGUCAUACCAUAUCCUGAUGCUGAAGCUGGUGAGGUUCCAGUUGCAUACGUUGUUCGUUCGCCCAGCAGUUCGCUUACUGAAGAAGAUGUUCAAAAUUUUAUGGCCAAACAGGUGGCACCUUUCAAAAGAAUACGGAGGGUGACAUUCAUAAGCAGUGUCCCAAAGUCAGCUUCAGGGAAAAUCCUGAGGAGAGAACUUAGAGCCAAAGCACGAUCCAAAAUGUGAAAUUUUAUCAUUAUGUUUUUGCGCAUAACAUGAACAUAAACUACUAGUUAAGUAUUUCGCAUAUCCAAAAAGCAAAAUGGUGACACUUUAUGACUACCAUUUUCAGCACGUAGUAGCAAUAGUGGUUAGGGCUAAGAGUUUCAAUAAAAUGUACAAUCUUCUUCAAUCAAAGCAACGGAUUGGCAAGUACAAGAGGAGGCAAAACACAGUCAAUCGCCCGGUCUUUUGGAGGGUCAAAAGGCCCUACUAGAUUAAUAAUAACCAUGACUCACGUAACCUAGGCAUUGCUAGUCCUUUGAUUUUCCGCUUUAGUACAGGUUAUAAUUAAAGGAUUGUUUCAAAGAAUUUAAUGGCUGUGACUACAACAGUGAUACCAUACGAAGUUAACCCAAAUAUUUUUUCCUGCAAAGCUACUCUAAUUGCAUAGGAACAGUACAUACCCAUAGAAAAACUUGAUCAUGGGCAACAAUAGCAGAGACUUUGUAAAUUUGAAGUCAUGUAUAGUUUAAGUCAUAGUCAGAUAAGCGCAUCGGAGCAGUAUUAACAUUAAAUAAGGAGAGAGAAAGAAAUAAAUUUUUCUCUGAGUCAGCCACUAAUCAGGCUCAAUCUACUAACCUCGGACGGUACGAAGUACAUGGCAGUAACGGUACUGCAGGUCAACCCAAAAGUACUCAGCUGCUUGGCAAGAACAUGCCAUCUGAAAUGACCAGCAAUCAACAGGCGUACGUGUUCACCCAGUUACCCUGGACGUUCCUUUUCUUCCAAUCAUCAAAGCUUCUAAAAGAACGGUUUUCUCCUUAAUAUUUUUCUUCUAUUACCAGUUCAAUAAGUGUGAAUAAGCCAUGGAGGAACAAAAUCAUUAACAAGAAAAUUGAUGGAUCUAAUAAAAUUUGUAAUUAAGUUUAAGCUUGAUAUAAUUUUCUGUUAUUGAGGCGCUUUGGAUGUUUGCUAUAAGCCGGUAAGCAUGGAGGAAAGGAUUUGAGCUGUCUUCAAAUAAGCUACUAUUGUGCUACUUUUUUUACAUCUUAUGCUAGUUAACUACU